GAACCUAGACUGGAGAGUAGAGAACUUGGUUUAUGUACUCUUGUCUUGAUAGAACCAAGAGUGCAGUUGGAUGUUGCGAUAAAUAUUCUCCUGACCCAGUAGAUAUACUAGUAUGGAUUCUCGUCGAUCACGACCAAUGCCCAUCCUGGAUCGUGGACUGAGCAAGGGCAAAACUGAAGUCAACCUGAGCACGUUCUCUUUCUUAUUCUCGGAGAUAAUUCAAUACAGCCACAACCGAGUGCAGUCAGUGCACGAGCUCAAUACGAAGCUGGCCGAUUUGGGGCGUUUUGUUGGAUUUCGUGUUGUGGAUCUGCUGUUCGUCCGCGAGAAGAAUUCUAGACGUGAGACUCGUCUCAUUGGAAUGCUGAUGUUCAUCAAAACUGUCCUGUGGAAGAGUUUGUUUGGAAAGGAAGCUGACAACCUGGAGCAACAACGUGACAAUGAGAAUACGUACUACAUCAUCGAGAAGGAGCCAGUCAUCAACAAAUUUAUUUCAGUUCCCAAAGAGCUGAAGGCCAACCUCAACUGUGCCUCCUUCGCUGCUGGGAUCGUGGAGGCUGCUCUGGAGGCAUGCAACUUCCCAGCCAAGGUUACCGCUCACUGGCACAAGGGCACUACGCUUAUUAUAAAAUUUCAGGAUUCUGUCAUCAUCCGUGACAAAGCCAUGGAGGCUCGCUAAUAUCCAUAUGACUGUGUUUGGUCGCAGGAAUGGAUCAAUUAUGAGAAAGAAGCUUUGAAACUGUUGACAAACAUUGUAUUUGCAGUUUUAUUAUUAUAAUUGUGAGAGGACUUUGAAAGGUGCAUACGCGCGCACGCGACACACACUCGCACACACACACGCACGCACGCAGGCAUUGUACUGCCGUUGCGCUAACAAACUGAAGCAAACCAAAGACAUGUAAAUAGUGUACAUACAACACAUUGCUGAAGUACCUUCUUUGUGCUUUUGACAUUCUGUAUUUUCUUUGUUAUUUUCUUGUCCUGUACUAUGUAAGUUAUGAAUCAUUCCUGGUGUGCGGCUAGCACUGUACUACACAACCGCGACCAGGUGGCUAACUGUAAAUCUAAAAAUUUCUUUCAUGAAUUCCCUGUACAAACCGCCCAAUGAAAUUUUCACGGUUGCCACCACCUGGCACCAACACCUAUACUAAAGUAGUCCUUUCCUCCUUUCCCUGGUCUAUGCCAAGUUUGGGCACAGUUCUCUGGCUGGUGUAGACACUAGCUUCCCUAGUUUAUGUUUUUAUGGUCCUCAGUAAUUCAGUCACACGCUCUCCUGUAAAGCAAGACGUUUCCGUAGAUUGCGUGCGGAAGAUUUUGAAGUCUUACGAAAGGAACCCUUACACUGGACAGCCUUGCUGGAGUUUCUCCAUUCACGAGAUUACGAUGCAGCUACUGAAGUGGACUCUCACGGAAAUACGAAACAUGUAACACGUGUACCUGGUGUACUGCAAAGUUUAAAUUACUUGUUCUCUAGUACAGGUACUUCAGUGUCUAUUUUGAUGGGUGCGCAGAUCAUGUGACAGAUCAUGUGACAGA